AUGAUAUUUGUGCCAGUAAAGCAGACGUUGUGGAUUCUCUGUGUGUUUCUGAGUGCUAUCGCUGCAGAGGACAGUCCUUGUCCAGAGGGAGGUCAGAUCCAUGUCUCCAGUAAAAGAUGCUUCUUUCUCUCUGAGAGUCCGUCUUCAUGGCCCGACGCUCAGACCUCCUGCAGAGAGACUCGAGGAGGAGAUGUUGCCUCCGCUGAGAGCCUGGAGCUGCAGGACUUCAUCCAGCACUCCUUUCCAGUGAAAACCACAGUGUGGGUUUGGGUCAAAGGAUCGGGGGGAGAUGGGUCGGACCAGACGGAUGUUAUCGAGCCAGUGAUUCCUGUAGAGAGUCCAGGAGGGUGUACUCAGAUGGCUUUGGGGACAAAAGGACAGAGGAGGAAGUCUCAAUGUGCCGGACGAUACCUCUUCCUGUGUGAAAAGGAAGUAACAGAGUCUUUCCCGUCUGUGGACAGUUAUCUGACCGGGUCGGUUCUCAUGAGCGGUGACUACACUCAGAUCCAGAUUCAACCCUUACCCAAUGCACCGGACAUCGGACAGAUCACAGUGGAGAUGCAGCUGUUCCCAGGUCUGUGGUUCAGUCAUGCAGGUCAGCUGGUUUCAGUCGAGCUGGUGGUCCAACCCAGUCCUGACUCCUCUCUGUCUCGUGUCCAGAUCCUCCGACCGUACUGCAACCCCAACCACCAUCUGGUUCCUCCAGGUUGCAGCGCUCUCUUUAAUCCGUUCAGCUGCUGCUCAGCCGUCCCGCUGUGUAACACGACGGGGGGCUGCAGCACAGGUCAGUACUGGUGCCACCUGCUGGAGGUCUGCGUGCCCACCACCAGUCCCUGCAGCCCCUACGACUCUGAAACAGGGGCCCGAGGCUUCGUUUUACCUCCCAGAUACACCGCAAUACCACCUUUCUACCACCUGGUGGCCGACCUGCCUCUGAGGGUUAACCCGAGCUCUGAACUGACAACUAUAAGUCUGAUUCUUCCAGAUCGAGCGAUCAUGGUGUACCCCGAUGAUAUUGUGGCUGUUCAACACACUCGUGACUCUGGGACUUUCUUACACUGCGUGAACAGUGACGCCUCUCUAAAGUCCCCCUGGCGCCAAAGCUACAUGUCCCUGAGGAGGAGGGAGGAGUGGGGGGGCUGGAGGGAGGGAGGCCUCACUUCCCUUCCCCACGGAGGCCAGUGGGUGGACGGGGUGGUGUGUGAUUUAAGGAUGAUGUACGUGGACAAUCUUCACAGAGGAACCGAGCACGAAGAUAACCCUGGCUUCACUGAAAGAGAGACAACCACAGCCUUAAAUAAUCAGGCCUUCACAACUGGUCCUACUCCGAAUCUUGGAUCUAAAUUUAGGCUUGACGUCAUCCACCCUGUGCCAGAUGCAAAUAACCAGAUUCACGUCCAAAUAAACGUCCCGACACUCAUUGUGGUCAAGGUCCUGUUUGGCGAGAAAGCAAGUAGCACAUGGUCGGCACCAGUUCUCCAGACGGGGGUUCCCUUCCUAUCAUCUUGCCCCAAAGAGGUGGCUCAAUCCUGGGAUGGAUGUAAGAGACAGUCCCAUGAUGCCUGGUUCUCCUCUGUGACCAUGAUAUCGCCCACAGUUGGGUUUGAAACGCUGAACAUCAGUGUGAUGGACGCAGAAAGCUCUCAGAGUGUGAGUGUGAGUGUUUGCAGCUAUGAGGAAGUCACAGGGCUCAGUGUUGAGCCGCAUGGAUGCCGGAGGAUGAUCGUAGACACACCACAGUCAUUUACAGCCAAAGUGGAGAGUGGUUCUUCAAUCAAAUUCACAUGGGUGAUUGACUACUUGGAGAACUUUGCCCAUGAAGGACAAUCUUACAGCGUUGAGUUCGAGAAACCUGCCGAGUAUAAGCUCAGGAGCCAACAAACCCUCCUGACUGCUGAUGAAAUUACCCCACUGUCUGAUCCACAGUUCCUGUUGGUCAGGGAGGUCAUAGCUGUGGAUGCUACACACCUCUACACUCUCAGGGUCAAAGUGGACAUUUCCCUGCCAGUCACCUUCAGAUGGGAUUUUGGUGAUGGCAGUAGCGAGAAGAUCCACACACAGUCUGCUCCAUGCCAGACCAUGGAGGGGCUCAUGGAGAGAGGAGAUAAACAAGUGUACGUCCAUGACUCUGUGAACUAUACCUAUCCCAUCCCAGAUGACUACACACUUCACGUCCAAGUCUCCAACCAAUAUGACCACACUGACGCCUCCAAGAAGAUAAGGGUCCGCCCUCAAUUAAAUCACCUCCUUAUUUCCUCCAACGUUCCUGUACCUCUCGUCAAUCAGACUCUUAUUCUUGAAGCAGUGGAGCCCUCAACCUACGCUGUCGUCUACACAUGGGACUUUGGCGAUAGCUCUGAAUCUCUCCAAAGCAUCCACCAUAAAGUCAACCACAGUUUUAUUUCUGCAGGGGUUUACAACGUCACAGUGUGUGCCAACAACACCCUGACAGUCCUGACCUCCUGGAUAAUGGUGGAAGUUCUGGAGAAAAUCUCUGGAUUAACAGUCAGCUACAAUGGACCCAGUGAACUAAACGUAGCUACAGAUUUCCGAGCUACAGUGACGACUGGUAGUAAUCUAACGUGGGAUUUUGACUUUGGCGAUGGAUCCUUUCAGGGCAACCUUUCAGAUGGCUCCAUCUCCCAUGUCUAUGUAUUACCAGGAAACUAUACGGUAGAUGUAACUGUCUCGAAUACUGUCAGCAAAGCUCAUCAGUCCAUCAGUGUGGAGGUCUAUAAGUUGGCUGUUAGUGGAGUUCUCCCUACAACAUGUGUCAUGAGUGGAAACGAAAUACAGUUUACUGCUUUGGUGAAUGGGAACAUAUCCAAUCUGACUUUCCAUUGGCUGUUUCAAGAUGGUUCAUCUCUGAUUGUAGUAACGGGGCAAUCUACAGCCAUGCACACCUUCCUAAACCCUGGGAUUUGUCAUAUUAGUCUGACUGUGUUGAGUUCUGUUACAUCAGUAUCAUAUAAGACGAGUAUCAGUAUCGAAUCGCGAAUAACCAACGUAUCAGUGCAGCCAUCAAAGGAAGUAGUGGCAGUAGGGGAAGAGGUAUGCUUCAAGGUGUUAGUUUUACCUGUACAGAUGAGAGGUUACCAAUUUAAGUGGUUCAACAGCUCCUCUAGCCUCAUUGCUGUGACAGAAAAUGCUCAAAAGUGUUUUAUCUUUAGGGAUGAAGGUGUGGAAGUGGUUUUAGUAACAGCAAGUAACAGUGUUAGCAACAAAACAGCCAGAGCUAGUAUCACCGUUCAACACCCUGUAAGUGACCUGUCUGUGGGGCAUGAUAGUGAAAGUAUCACACUGACAGUCAACACAUUAGCAUUAUUUUGGCUUGCUUCUUGCACUGGUAGCAAUGUGUCCGUGCUGUGGGACUUUGGAGAUGGAUCUCCUGUUGAACAGAACAAAAACGUGUCACAUGUCUUUACCACAACAGGUCAGUUUACAGUCACCACCACAGCAUUUAACGCCGUUAGCCGUGACUCUGUGACCCUUCAAGUCAAUGUUGUAAAUGCUAUUUCAGACCUUUCUCUUCACACCAACCAGCCUAUUGCUGCAGUUGGAGAAGAAACACUCAUCUCAGCUAUUAGCAGUGCAAUCAGUAGCACUAUUUUCUACUGGACUGUAGACGGUAUAUCCUCAAACAUACAGGGGACCUAUCAGUUUAGAUUUGCUUUCCUGAAACCAGGAGUGUAUCAAGUACGAGUUAUAGCACAGAACUUGGUGAGUAGAGAGGAAGCAGCUAUUGUAGUUGAGGUCUUUGAAAGAAUAGAGGGUCUUCAGAUUGAAUGUCAGAACCUGAUAAAUGUUAAAUACGUACCAACCCAAGAGGAACUAGUGUUUAUUGCCUUGAUCACCAAGGGAUCCAAUGUCUCUUAUCAAUGGCUCGCUACACAAAGCGGAAUAAACCAUACAUUUACUGGUGAUGAAGAGCUUUUUCAGAUGUUAGCAGAAACUCCUGGAGGGAUUUCAGUUCAGUUAAGAGCUUCUAACAAGUUGGGUGAGGCCACCAAGUUUGUUUCUUUGUUGGCAGUACAGCGUGUUACAGGUGCGCACAUUACAACACAAUCAAAUGUCGUGGCAUUAGGGAAAGUAGUGAAUAUCUCUGUAUCGCUGGUUACCGGUUCAGAUUUGGAGUACCUUUGGUAUAUGAUUUCUGGUGUUUCACCUUUGCAAACACAUGCAUCCUUCCUUCUCCACACUUUUACAACUGUUGGCCAUUGUCUUGUUAGAGUUUUGGUUCAAAAUGUCCUCAGCCAAUGCAAUGUCACCAAAGAGUUUAAUAUACAGGAGGGAAUCCAAGAAGGGGACUUUAAGAUUGAAGGAAAGACGCAUCCGUUUUAUGCCCCCACAAGUUCUGCUGUUCAACUCCAUGGGAUUAUUCGGAAGGGAAGUGAUCUGCACUGGAACUGGGAAGUAAAAGGUGCUAAUCUUUAUAAUGCUUUCGAUCAGACCUUCAUCUACACGUUUCCAUAUGAAGGCAUCUAUCAGGUGUCUUUGAAUGUCUCCAAUGGGAUCAACUGGGAGAUGGUUUCACACAGUGUCACAGUCCAGGAUGCAAUCGAGGGUCUAACGUUGAACAUUUCCGAGCCUUCUUUCUGCACGGAGGAACAAGUUACUAUUAUUCCAACAAUCUCCAAAGGAAGCAAUGUCAGCUUUGCUAUAACCUUUAAAAACAAAGACUGGAUUCGUAGUCAGAGCGUUCUUGAAGGGCGGUUCACCACAUCGAGCCUUCCUGCAGGGAAACAUUUAGUAACCGUGAAAGGUUGGAACCAUGUCAGCAGUUCUGAGGUGUCUUCAAGCAUUCUGGUCACUGAGCAUAUUCAAGGUCUGAGACUUGUGAACUGUUGUUCUGAUGCUUUCGAGGCUCUGAAAGGAACCAGGUUCAGGGCAGAAGUUCAAAGUGGACUUCCUGUAAACUACACCUGGGUAUUUAAUUCAUUGGGGUCUGAGCCUACCAUGUUCACAGGACAGGAAGUGAUCUUUACUCCUGCAGAAAGUGGUGUACUGUCUGUUAGCGUGCUUGCUACCAAUGGAGUCUGCUCAAAGAAGAUAAAUGAUACUGCCACCGUUCAGUGGCGUGUUAAGAAGGUGACGCUUGUCUGUCAUUCAGAAAGAUUAUUUGUUGGACAUGCUGUCAAAUUUUCUGCACAGAUGAAUGGACGGAGCAAUCCAAGAUACCUCUGGGACUUUGGAGACUCCAAUGAGACGUUGGCAACAGACUUAAGCACAGUCAAUCAUACUUAUUAUAUCCGUGGGAAAUACAUGGUUGUGGUCAAAGUGUUCAACAGUGUCAGCCAUGUAUCUAGACAGCUACACAUACAAGUGGAGGAGCUCCUUUGUUCAAGCCCUCAAGUUUCUCUUAUCCAGAGCCAUUUGACUAUCUUCAGGUCUAGAAUGAGCUUUUUUGAAGCUGUCGUGGACAUUAACUGCUCUGCUUACAAAGCUGCGUACCUAUGGGAGAUACUUAAUGAGUCAGAUUGUAACAAAUUCACUGGGAACAAAGUCGUUCUUGGAAGCCAGGUAGAUGCAUCGUCACCCUUUCUCUUACUCCCAAAGCAUACUCUGGAUUUGGGACAGUAUUUCUUGGUGUUCACCGUUUCCCUCCAAGGAACGCCUUUACUUGUCCAACGAAAUAUCAGCGUUACAGUAGUCCACUCAGCAUUGGUCGCUGUUAUCAAGGGAGGAUCACACAGACUGUGGCCAAGCCUCAGUGAUCUCGUCCUGGACGGAUCUGAGUCUGAAGACCCUGAUGAAGAGCCAGGAGUGGAUGAUACACUGCAGUACCACUGGACCUUCAUGACUGUGGUGACUAUGAGUGAAGCUCCUGUGUUUCCUGUGAUUGUGGAUUGCGUGUCCUGCUCUCUACUGUCCUCCCCUCACCAAAUAAGCUAUACCACCCCCACUGUACUGUCAGGACAAUGUGGACAGUGUGACGAUCGAGCUCAGUACAAAUGGAGUGCUGAGGACCAGACUGGCGUGACCCUUGACCUAAACGAGGUCUCCACAUCUACCGGCAGACACUCUCCUAACUUGGUGGUGCGUUCAGGUGUCCUACAACCAGGACAGAGUUACACCUUCACUCUCAAUGUGUCUCAGCCUGGCAGAGGGCGUUGGGGUAGCGCCAGCCUGACGAUACACCCUAACAAUCCCCCUCAUGGAGGCCUCUGUGAACUCAGUCCAGAGUCAGAUAUACGUCUGCUGGAGACGGUGGUCACCUACAACUGCUCAGGGUGGCAAGAUGAUGAAAGCAGGACCUCUCAGCUGAUUUACACCUUCCAAGUUGCACCAUGUCAUCCCAAUGGCCCGGUGUGCCCCUUACUCACUCUGUACAGGGGUACUCGUUCAAAAUAUGGCAGUCUGGUUCCAAUGGGAAGUCCUGGGCAAGAAAGAAGCACAUCAGUUAUCUCAGUUACUUUGCUGGUAGAAGACCAUCUUGGGGCAAAAGUCAUUGCUCUGAACAGAAUGCUGACGGUUCAAACUCCUCCAAAGGAUGCAGUAGCCGGUCAGUGGCUGAGAAACAAGAGCCAGACAGAGCUUUGGGCUUUGGUCCAACAAGGAAACCCUCAAGAGAUCAUCCCUUAUUCCAUCGCUCUCACCAGCCAGCUCAAUCAGAUGGAUGCUGGACAGAGUGCCGUGACGCUGUUGGACAGAAGGGAGAUUCGGGAAAAUGUCACCCGAGUCCUGGCGUCUCUCCCAGUGAACUCCAUGCUGAAUGUAGAUCAGAUCAGCUCAGCUCUGUCACUGUCUACUGCUGUUCCUAGUGAACUUGUGUGUGAAAAGUGCCAAGAGAAGGUUCUGGAAGCUGUUGGGAAGAUGAUCCAUGUCAUGGAGGAGCAGAUGAGUCCUGGUGUGUUGUCAGCGGUGGAAACAGGGAGGAACAUUCUCAACAUCAUAGGUAGCACCUUGGCGGCUGUAUCUAUCAGAGCUUCCAGUUCUCACCACGACACUCUUCAUUUAGCGUCCUCUAAUGUCCUCUUAGCGUUAAAUCAUGCAGGGGCCCUGAUGCGCUCCCUGAUGCACGCCCAAAUGAAUGACAAGGCGCCUCUUUUGCUCUCCAACGACUACAUCAACACAGUUUCCUUCCAUGGAGACCCCUCCGAACUCCUCUGCACUCAAAAGUCCAACCAACACCAGAUCGUCCCCUCUCAUCGAUGUCAGUUUCUCAUCCCCUCCUCUCUUACUGCUCACCUGCAGAAUCAGAAGACUGAGAUAGUUCAGGUUCUUUUCGACGCAGAUAUCGGAUCAAAUCCUUUCCUGACGGCAGCCGAUCCUCCGAUUUCCACCUCUCUGGUUGCAAUGGAGCUCACUACACCUCAAGGCCAACCAAUCACCAUACAGGAUCUGGACCCUGAUCAGGCCAUACGGGUCACCCUGCCAAAUAAACACCAUAUUGGGCAGGAUGAUGGGGGUGGAGCAGGGAAUGGGACUUGUCUUACGGAGAUGUUGCCUACUGAAGGGAUGUUAAACUUUACAGUCAAGGAGGUGGACGGACUGGAUGAAAACGCAGGGUUAUAUAUCUCCUUCAACUUCAGCCUGGACUCAGGAGCUACUCCAGUGAGUCUGGGACAUGUCCGGAUAGAAGUGAGCUCUGCAGUGCCGGGGACUAAUGCAUCCUGGGAUUCCCUGGUGAAGGAGUGGGCUCUAAAUCUGUCUGAUGCGACCCCUUUCAUGGAGGAAACCAUCUUCCUGUCUCCACUCGCAGUGUGUCAGUACUACAGCGUGCAGCAGAGGCGUUGGAGCAGUGAGGGUCUGCAGCCUCUGGAGGGCAGCACCCUGCAGAGCGCCCACUGCCUCACCCAGCACCUCACCAUGUUCGGGGCCAGCAUGUUCCUCCAUCCCGGGGCCGUGGUGCUGCUGCCGCCGCCGGGUGGUCCGGUGCGUAACCUGCUGGUCGGGAUGGUGUGUGCGGUUCUGGUUCUGAUCCACCUGCUGCUGGGGCUCAUCGCUCACAAACUGGACCACCUGGAGAGAACCAGGCUGAGCCGGGUUCCUCUGUGUGGCCGACCGGGCCUCCAUCAGUACCGAGUGCUGGUGAAGACCGGCCGCAGGAGAGGGGCAGGCACCACUGCACACGUUGGCAUCAGUCUGUACGGAGUGAGUAAGAGCGGCGCUCGCCACCUGCGGAGCGGCGGAGCGUUUCAGAGAGGAGGCCUCGACAUGUUUCACCUGGAGACAGACGAGAGCCUGGGGGAAGUCUGGAAGAUCCGCAUCUGGCACGAUAACACAGGUCUGGACCCGUCCUGGUUUGUGGAGCAAGUCGUGGUCUGGGACCCUCUGACUGACCACAUGUUCUUCUUCCUGCUGGAGGACUGGCUCUCUGUGGAGAACCAGAAGAACGGAUCCGUGGAGAAGGAGGUUCUGGCCUCAUGUCCAGAGGAGCUGUCUCAGUUUUGUCGGGUGUUUUCCUCCCAGCUGGUGUUUGGGAUGGUGGAGCAUCACCUGUGGCUGUCGCUAUGGGAACGCCCCCCCCACAGCAGGUUCUCUCGGGGUCAGAGGGUCACCUGUAGUGCCGUGGUGCUGCACUUGUACCUGGCUCUGGGGGCGCUGUGGUACGGAGCCGUGGGCACACAGGGACUCAGUGGCCCGGUGUCAGUGCGGCUGCUGGUGAACAUGGAGGCUGUUUCUGUUGGGAUGACGGUCGCUGCUCUGGUGUUUCCUCUCCAGUGGUUCCUCUGUUUCCUCUUCAGAAAGUCUCACAGUCAGGUAACCGUGGAUACGUCCGUCCCUCCCUCCCCCGUCUGUCACUCUGUGGAGAUGGACGUCUUCCUCGGCCAAUCAGAUCCCUCCGGCCCGUCCUUCCUGUCUCUGUCCGACUCCUCCUCCGGCCCGUCAUCUUUACUGGACAGCAAGGCGUUGGACUCCAGUAUUCUGGACUUCUGGGCUGCGUCCGGUUUGGCCCCGCAGAAAGAUAGAGCCCAUCAGGAGGGGGGGGGUGUAGAAACAUGGCCGUCAUGUGACAGCCUCCUCAACCUCCCAGCAUGCAUCACUGAGACCCCGAUCCUCUGCAAGGCUUCACUUUCAUCCCGUCAGCUGAGGAGGAAGAAGCAGAUCCGCCUCGCUAGCAACGUAGUGCAAGUUCACAGCCAGAAUCUGACCACGCUUCUGACGCUGUCUGAGGAGGAUCUUCUGAUGUCUAUCGCAGCAGCAUCAGAGGACUCAGCAGAUUUACAUCACAGCAACUCAGACAGCGGGCGAGACUCUCCUCGAACCAUCUCCUCUCUCUCCACCACCCGCAGUAGGUCCUGCAGCAGCUGGUCUGAGGUCAGUGAGUCUGUGUUUGGACUCUUCAGGUCUCCCUCUGUGAUCUCUGUGGACUCGGUGGCCAGCACCUUCCUCCCCAGUCCGUCUCCAGACUCCAGCAGGUCCCCCUCCAUCACUCGCAUAGGUGUAUCUCGAGGUGUCCCCGGCCUGCUGCUCCCCCCCUGGACUCUCACAGUGAUUUACCCCCUGCUGGGUUCACUUCUCAUCGCCUCUCUGUCUGUUAUUGGACUGUACGGCAGCUCCUUCUCCAGAGCGCUCGUCCUCAUGUGGCUGCUGUCGUCUCUCUCUGCGUUCCUCACCUCUGCUCUGCUGCUGGAGCCUCUCAAGGUGUGUGUGCAGGCUCUGAUCUGCACAUUAUUGUGGAGGCCUGUGGAUCCAGAGGUGGAGGAUCAUCUGGCUCUGCAGAGCUCGGUGGAUCUGAGGGGGUUUGGAGACGAUGGAGGGAGGGUCCGGCCCCCCUGUGGCUUCAGUCUGCUGCAGGCCAGAGAGGAGGCGCGCAAACUCAGAGCUCUGAGGGCCCUCAUGAGGCGCUGUGUGAGCCAGCUGUCCUUCCUGCUUCUGGUUCUGAUGCUGAACUAUCAGGCCGGGGUGGAGCAGAGAGAUGCUCGGCUGCUCAGAUCCUCCGUCAGACGGGAGCUUCACUCAGAGGGGGGGGGGCAGAACCUCACCUCACUCACAGGCUGGUCAGAUGCAGAGCAGUGGAUGAUCCAAACUGUGGUGCCUCACCUUCACCAAAACCCAACACUUCAGCUUGUUGGAUUACCCCGUCUGCAGCACACACUCACUCUCCGUCCUCACACACACACUAUCCAUCCUCACACACACACUCUCCAUCCUCUGGAAACUGUGUAUCUGGGAAACAGCAGCGUAACGACACAGCAGCUCUUCAAUGACUUACACAUUGCCGACUGGACCAACAAACAGUUUAAAACCCUUUCCCUCGACUUCACGCACUUCCACAGAGAGUCCGGUUUGUUUGUGUGUGUUUCCAUAAAACUGGAGUGGGUUCGCUCACAGAGACUCGCCUCCUUCCUCUCCAUCCUUCCUUUCCUCAUCCCUUCUCCUCACUCUGGACCCGACCUGCAGGCGGCACUCACGGUGCUUCUUCUGGUCUCCGCUCUCCUCGUGUUGUUCGGGGGGUUUUGGUCGAUGUUUACUGAGCGCUCACAGUACUUUCGACGGUUCAGAAACUGGUUCCAGCUCAUCCUGGCUUUGUUGUCUCUAACAACCUCAAUCCUACAGCUCUGCUUCCUGUCUCAGGCAUCUAACUGUGUUUCUGAGGAACUCAUAGACUCAUUUCCUCUCUGUGUUUCAGCUGCUGGGUUCCCUGAGGUUUGUGCGGAGGUGGGGGGUUCUGGUUCAGGUUCUGCAGGGGUCCUGGAGGGAGAUUUGGGCUCUGAUGGUCCUGAUGAUGCUGCUGCUGAUGAUCUGCACUCACCUCGGAAACACGUGGAGGGUUUCCUGUCUCUCCAUCAGUCGGGGGUCUCCGUGUUGUCCAUGCUGCGGGGCCGGGCCUCUCUGAGGACGCUCUGCAGGAUUCACCCGGUCCUAGGACCCCUCUAUGGGCUGCUGAUAGUCGGGGGAGGGGUCUGGAUCCUGGCCCGAAUCUGUGGAGCUGUUCUUAUCCUCGCAUACAGGGUGGAGAGAGCUCAGCUGUACCGCCCCACCUUCGAGCCUCAGGACUACGAGAUGGUGGAGUUCUUCAUCAAGAGACUCAGACUGUGGAUGGGACUCUCCAAAACUAAAGAGUUUCGUCACAGCGUGAAGUUUGAAGGUAUGGACGCUCCUCCUUCCCGAUCCUCGCAGGAAUCCCGUCUCUCUUCCCGCUCUCCUUCCCCUCUUCCCUCCUCCUCCCUCCUCCCUCCCUCCUCUUCCUCCUCCCCUCGUCCUCCAUCUUCUUCUCUUUCUCUGAGGUCUGAGGACUCGUUCGAUGUUCAGCCUCACUUGGACCGCCUGCUUCCCUGCGUCACAUCGCUGCUCUCUCGCUUCGAUCAGAUCAACCAGAUCACGGACGACGUUCACGACCUGGAGAUCAAACUGGAAGAAGCUCAGGUGAGAAGAAGGAAGAUCAGUGAGGAGGGGAAACGUGCAGACAAACCCAAGGAAGUGAAGGAAGCAGUGAGGGAAGUGAGACACAGGAAGAUCGGUCUCCUUCACCCCAAAGUCUCGCUUCCUUCCUCGUUCUUCGUCACUUCUUCCUCCUCCUGCAGACUUCCCCGUGCACGAAGCACCUUCUCAGAGUCCGAAUCAGCUCCAUAUCAUCCUCGUGAAUCCUGUAAAAACCACGAUGGACUCUGUGGUUUGAAUCCUGCAGCUUUUUCGGGGAAUGGACGGAUCCCAAGGAGAAGAGCUUGGCAUUCUGGGAGUUCUCAUUCGGCCGAUGCAGCGCAGAGGAUCCUUCAGACACAAGGGGGUGUUGCUCUAAGUGGAAAUGGAGGAAAAUACUUGGGAUUCACAGACAGACCGAGGAGUGAAGAAGGGGUGAGACGGAAAAUCAGUGAGGGAGUCCCGGUGAAAAGGAAGGCGUGGAUUGAACAGGAUUAACGCUGAGAUUAAGACGAUAAGAGACGAG